CCUCCCUCUUUCUUCCCCACAAUCCCCUCCGACCUCCAUGGCCAUGGCUCCACCUAUAUAGGACCUCUCCACCGCCCAUGCCUCCAUCUCUCUCCUUCUCCUUCUUCUCUCUCAUUGCCGCCUCACCUGCGCCAGCCACGCUAUUCCCAACGGUGAACUCGUGCGCCGCGACACGGCCGCAAAAGCCUUAACCGCGCGCGCGCCGCGGAGCCCAAGAUCGAGGAGAGAGAGGGAGGAAGAGGUUUGGACUCGGUAGCGCGCGCGGCGCCAUGGACGCGCUGAGGUUUCUUGGCGGCGUGCGGCCCGCCGCGCCGCCGCAGCCUCCGGUCGCGCCGCCGCCGGUGCAGCGGCAGCCGCGCGCCGCCCUGCCGCGCCUGUGGCCGCGGGGCGAGAGGCAGGGCGGCGGCGAGGAGGCCGGGACGAGGCCCGACGCGGCGGAGGAUCGGAAGCAGGGCAACUGGGUGCUGCAGAUGCUGCGGGUGCAGCCGAGGUGGGUGGAUGAGGCGGACGCCGAGGCAGGCGGCGGCGGCGGCGGCGGACAGGAAGAUGAGGACCCGGACGCCGUCGGGGGCGAGAGGUGCGCGUCGUGCGGCGGCGGAGGCGAGGACGAAGGCUGCCCCGUGGGGACGGACGAGUACGACGGCGAGGUGUUCGACCGCGCGUCCUUCUCGAGGCUCCUUCGCAAGGUGUCCAUCGACGACGCCAAGGAGUACUCCAGGAUGUCCUACCUCUGCAACAUCGCCUACAUGAUCCCCAAAAUCCAGCCAAAAUGUCUCCGCCGGUACAGCCUGGAGUUUGUGACUACAUCCGUGCAAGAGAAGGACAGAGCUAAUCCUGAUCGGAAGCAGGAGCAGAGCACUGAGAAAGGUGAAUCUCCAGAUAGAAAAUCUGAAUUUGUCAAGAAUAAUGCGCUGGAGAGCAAGGAGGAAAAAGGAAAUGGCCCGAUGAUAAAUCCUUUUGGUGCAUACCAAGUCAUGGCGUCUGCUGCGUCGUACGUGCAUUCCCGUGCGAUGGGCGUCAAUCCCUUUGGUUCCAGGAGUAAUGGUAAGAAUGAUCCGACCAUCAUGGCCAUUGUGAAUGGUGAGAACGGUGAAGGUUUAACCUUGGACGAAGCCUCAUUUGUGGCCACAACAAAUUCAGUAACUUCCAUGGUUGCUGCCAAGGAAGAAACAAGACAAGCUGUCGCAGAUGAUCUGAAUUCUUCAAGAUCAUGUCCCUCUGAAUGGUUUAUUUGUGAUGAUGAUCAAGGCAGCACGAGAUACUUCGUAGUACAGGGCUCAGAGUCGAUCGCUUCUUGGCAGGCGAACCUACUAUUUGAACCCGUCAAAUUUGAGGGACUUGAUGUGCUCGUUCACAGGGGAAUAUACGAAGCUGCGAAGGGAAUGUAUCACCAAAUGCUGCCAUAUGUCAAAUCGCACUUGAGAACUUAUGGUAAAUCCGCAUCAUUGCGAUUCACUGGGCAUUCUCUUGGUGGAAGUCUGGCUUUGCUUGUGAAUCUAAUGCUAUUGAUGAGAGGGGAGGCACCUACUUCAUCAUUGUUGCCUGUUAUAACAUUUGGUGCCCCGUGCAUCAUGUGUGGUGGUGACCAGUUGCUCCGUAAACUUGGGUUGCCGAAAAGUCAUGUGCAAUCGAUCACAAUGCACCGCGAUAUUGUUCCUCGAGUAUUCUCGUGCAACUAUCCCGACCAUGUCGCCAACAUUCUGAAGCUUGCCAAUGGGAAUUUCCGCAGUCACCCAUGCCUUACAAACCAGAAACUCUUGUAUGCCCCAAUGGGGGAAGUCCUGAUCUUGCAGCCGGACAAGCGGCUCUCCCCACACCACCACCUUCUCCCACAGGACAGCGGCAUCUACCACCUGGGCGAUUCAGCAGGCAUCUCCCUGAAACAGCUCCAGUCUGCCCUGUCGGCGUUCUUGAACUCCCCGCACCCGCUGGAGAUCCUCAAGGACGGCGGCGCCUACGGCCCCAAGGGGUCGGUGUACCGUGACCAUGACGUGAACUCGUACCUGCGGUCAGUGCGCGGCGUGGUGCGCAAGGAGGUGCGGCGCCUCCGUGAGGUGGAGCGGGAGCGGUGGCAGCUCCUGCUGUGGUGGCCGCUCGCCGUGCACGGCAUGCUGACCAGCGGCAUCGGCAAAGGGUGGUUCGGCGAGGUCGCGGACGCCGUGGCGACAGGAGGGCAGGAGACGGCGAGGAAGCUCCAGCAGCACGCGUCCCAGCUGUUGAUGUUCCUCAUCCCGGUGAAGCUGCUCGUGCUGGGGGCUCUCCUGGCCAUUAGAUUGCGGUCCUAGAUGGUAGGGUGAUCCGUUCGUUUCGUUCGUUUGCACAGCGUUACAUGAUUCUUUUGCCCGAGCUGGGACGCUAGCUAAACACGCGUCGUGAUCAGAAUGCUCGGAUGCUAGCUGCCUGUCUUAAAGGUCCAUCGACCAGCAAAGUGUAUGUAUAGCUCCUCUAACAGAAAGUCUCAGAUUAGACAGAAGUCCCAUCACCAAAGCUGGAACUAGCAUGAUCUCUUAUC